AUGCAAUCGCACCCGCGCUGUCUCAUGCCCAACAACCCGCACACCCAAAGCCAUGAGUCGCUGUGCUCCCAUCGAGAACCAGACCCGGAACUCCAAGCAAGUGGAUUCCAUCUCGUUUACAGGUCUCCCACGCCUGUUGUAGCCCCAGUGGAAUCUUGCAUCCCCUUCCGGCCCGCCUCCAGCCGGUUAGUCGAUACACUGUACGAAGCGGCGAACUUCUUCGCAAAGAUCCUCAGCACCUUCGGAGAAGAAACUACGGCCAUCCGGUCGUAUGUCUCGCCAGCUGUGCUAAACGAGCUCUGGAAAUGCAAGCUCAAUGCGUCGGAGGAAAUCGACGUCAUCCCUGCUCUGAAGCAGGAGAGGUCGAGAUGGGCGCUUCCUCAGAAGUACAUCUCCGGCUGGCGGAAGAAGAAGCGUAAGGGUAAGGAGCAAGCGCAAGUCUCAAACCAGAAGAACGCCUCGCACACACGGCUGGACCGUGCAGUGCGUGUUGGAUAUCGGGAUUAUGCCAGGCGGGUGAAGCAUGAUCUCUGGCAAGUUUACUAUGCGCGCUGGCCGUCGCAGGAGGACGGGGAGAGCAGCACUGGCAGUGGAUGUACCGGGCUGGGUGGGGAUCUGAAUCGAUUGGAGCACUUGCGCAGAAGAUUCGAGGCGCUGUAUGACGGAUUGGACAAGCUCUGUGGCCAGAUGCAUAACAUCCAGUCAUGUCAGAGAUUUAUCGAUCAGGCCCAGCUGCUCCUGAUCUGUAUGAGUGAUAUCGAAGACUGGUGGCAGCCGACGGACAAGAAAGGCGUGUUUGCAAAGAAACUCACCGGUCGAAGAUAG